UAGCUGCUGGAAGUGACGUCACCGCCGGGGAGGGGCGGGAAGCGGAAGCCGCCGUUGCGUCUGGCGGCGGCAGAUUCAGUGUGUGCGGGCAGACGCGGGCUGGCGGGCUCCUGAGGCGGAGAGCCACGGCAACGCCGUCUCGGGAGCGGAGAGCCAAGACACGCGAAGCAGCAGUUGCCGCGGGAGGAGAAUUGCAUUGAUUUUGUAAUCUGAAAGAAGAACAGCAUUUGGAAUAAUGGCAACAGGAGACCUAAAAGGAAGCUUAAGAAAAAUAGAACAAGGACUUCGCUUAUUAAAUUAUCCAAGAGAUGUGGAUUAUACAGUGUUAGUAAAGGGUGAUCCAGCUGCAUUUUUACCUAUCAUCAGCUAUUCUUUUACAUCUUUUUCAACACACAUAGCAGAACUGUUGGUGAAGUGUGAUGUGGAACUCACAGCAAAAAGUGACUUGCGUUUCAUUGAAGCUAUUUACAAGCUUCUUCGAGAUCAAUUUCAGUAUAAACCAGUUUUAACAAAACAGCAGUUUCUUCAGUUUGGCUUUGCAGAAAGAAAAAUGCAGAUUGUUUGUGAUAUUAUCAACUGUGUGGUGAGAAAACAUAACGAAUUAAGUAACUCAAAUAAGGUUAAAUCCCAAAUGAGGAAAAAGCGCAGAUCUUUUAAAUAUGAAGUAUGGUCAAAUUGUAAUAAUGCCCUUGCUGAUCCUAGUGGCAGUACUCUGGAUUCCAAACAGAAGCCUUGGGUAGAGCGACAUUCAGGAGCUGAAGUUAGCAAUGAUCUUCAUCCACCACCCCUUCCAGCACAGGGAAAUAACGAAGAAGAAUUGUACCUAGAUAAUGAUGUUGUGGAAGUUAAAUGUGAACAAGUUGUAGAAGAUAAUUCUCAGAUUGAGUUCCUAAAGAAUCAGCUUGCUGAUUGCCAAGAAAAGCUUCAUAAACUAAGUUGGGUGGAAGAUAAACUGCGUGUUUUAGAAGAGAAACUGAAAGGAAAGGUGAUCAUAGAUGAAAAGGACUGGAGUAACUUAUUGAGUAGAGUUUUGCUUCUUGAAACAGAACUGUUGUUGCAAUCCAAAAAGAGAGACUUGUCUACAGAGUUCAGCAAUGUAAGUCAAGAAUCUGCUUCUAGUAGAAUUCCAAUUUCUCCUGAUACAGAGAGGAAGGAGGAGAUGCCAGAGAGUCUUCACCAGUUGUCUGGAUACAGUUCACUAUUAACCACCGACCCUUCUCCCAAAUCCAUGACUAUUAAUUCUCAUGGCCUGACAGAUGUUUCAGAGGAGACAACAAGACAAAGAAUGGAAAGGAUAAGUAAAAUAAUUGAGGAAACUUCAGAAUUGUUGAAAGCCUCAAGCAGUACCUCUGAGAAGACCUGAAAGUACAGACCUUUAUACCUGGUCUCUGUAGACUUAUGGAUAUGAGAACUAAUAUCUAUGUUUGUACAGCAUAAAAUUUUUAAUAUAUCAAAUUUGUAAUGAUCACCAUUGCUUUUAUUCCAUUAAAUAAA